AUGGCUGCCAAUUGUGUGCCAUUUAUAAAUGGCAUCAACAGCUGCUCAGACAGCCUCCAACUGGAUCAGCUAGAGCAUCCGAUUGCCGACGGUGGCGGGCGUGACAGCUUUGCUGGGCCAGGCUUGGACCACGGCUUAUACAGGCCGCGGCCCGGUCUGACUUUGGCUCCACACGCACACACACACGCACACGCUGCACCCACGCCCACACACGCAAAUACUAGCCGAACCAGCUCCAACUGGCCGGCAUCCGCCUGGGACUGGGACCUAAGCCUGGACCUGGACCUGAACUCUAACCACUCUGACAAUGGCAAUCCCCUCCUCCACAGCCGCAGCAGAAGCAGCUACCUGAACGACAGCGGCAACGGCGGCGGCUCCUUUCUAAUCCCCGAGGACGGUGGUGUGGGCAUCGGACUUCAGCAGACCGGGGCCUUCGCCCUCGACAGCGCGGCGCACAAUAGUUACAGAGACGCUCGCCCGAUCACCAACAGCAGCCAUAAUAACAGCAACGGCAAUAACACGCAUCUGUCCCCGUUCCCGCAGUCGUCUGGCACGCCAUCGGCCGCCCCGCCGCCCCUGUUAGCACCGGAGGCAGAGCAGCCAGAGCAGCCGCCAGAGCAGACAGAUAACAGCGCUUUAUUAACGCCGGGGCUCUUGACGCCGACGGCGGCCGGUCUGAACCUGGGCCUGAACCUGGACCUGGACCUGGACCUGGACCUGGACCUGAAUCUCAGCGUGGGCUUCGACUUCCCCACGCUGUCGCCUUCGCAUCCACCGCCCGACUUCAACUGCUUCAACAACGACACCAACGACGACGGCGGUACCCCCAACGACGCUCUGGCAUUCACGCCUUUUGGGACCGAGGCGACGCCCAUGCCCGCACCCAGCCAGAUCAAUCACCACUCACGGGGGGACGCAUUCCACAGCUUCAGCGGGGGAUCGAGUGCACGCAGAUGUCCCUUCGCCCCAUUGCGGCACCCCGUCCACCAGAGCGCCAGCAGUGCAGGCCGCCACCACCCGAAUCCGACACCACCACCGCAGUCAAGCAUCAUCAGCACAAGCACGAGCACAGGCGCAGGCACAGGCACAGGCACCAACGCAUUCUCGCGCACCACAAUCGCCAACACAAAUAGCAGCGCCACCGCAAACGCUGCUUUCUACCCCGACGCCUCUUCUCUGUUGCUUUCUCCGACGUCACAACCCACCUUGCCCCAACAGCCCGCAGCCAGGCCCGUCUGCAACCACCAAGACCUGAACAACGACGAUUUCCUCUCGGCCUUGAUCAACGGCAACUUCUCAUCACCCUCGCUGCCGCCGCUGAGCAGUAGUCCCACCCGCCCCGUUCCCCCAACCCAGUCACGCCCCACCGCUCACCAUCCUUCGCACCUUCCCGCACGCCCCUCGCUUUCUCUCGACGAACUCAUCGACGACUUGUUCGAUACCAACGACAACAACAACAACAACAACAACUACGGCAUCAACAUGCCGCAACGCCGCACACCGAGCCGUACGGCGGCUUCGGACAGGCCGCGACGGGCAAGCCGGUCCAGUGCCGCCAGCAUGGUCGAUCUCACCUCGCCCAAGACGGAGCGAGACAGUAAUUCACCGCUGGGCGUCGAGCCCGCAACGCCCAUGGCCCCGCCUCCCCCACGCACGAGGAAGCGUAGCCGGACUUCCGCAACCCCAACAGGCACAUCCAGCGCCACCUCAAGGCGGCUGUCGACGUCGUCAGGGAAACCGAGGCCUGUGAAGACCCUCAAGUCUACACGCAAGGCCCCCGCCACGCAUGACGAUGUUUUCGAGACGUCUUCGGUCGCAGAUAAAGAGGACGACGAUGAGGACAUCCUGGACUUGACCGGCACCAACGAGGUGCCCGAGCAGCUGUUGCAGCCCAAGGUCGACAACCGUGUCAAGCUCAGCAAGUUUCAGUGUGUCAUUUGCAUGGAUGACGUCUCCGGCUUGACUGUCACUCACUGCGGUCAUCUGUUUUGCUCGGAAUGUCUCCACUCGUCACUUCACAUUGACAGUAUGAAGAAGACGUGCCCCGUAUGCCGGACAAAGGUGGACAUCAAGGCCAAACCCGGAGUGAAGCAGAGCAAGAACACCUUUUAUCACCUUGAGCUGAAGCUUAUGACGGCCAAUCGGAAAGGGAAGCGGCCCGUAGGGAAGUGA